AUGCCGGACAAAAAAGUGGAGAAGAAACUGGCCGAUUUGGGAAUCGUGCGAAAGGCCCUGCUCAUGACGUGUAACAGUGUCGAACAAUUUGUGACGAACUUCGACGCAGAUCGUGACAGUUGCCAGAUUCCGGUACGGCUCGAAAAUCUGGACAGAGUGUACCGGGACUUCCUAAAAGUGCAAGGUGAAAUUGAGAAGCAUGAUACGGCAGAGCGUCUUGAAGAACAUUUGUCAGAAAGAGUGGUUUUUGAAGGUCGUUAUUGUGCCGCGAAAGGUUUUCUGCUGUCCAAUCGAGCAGUAGACCUCAACCAAACUGUGCUCAACGCGACGGUUCAUCAGCCAGAAGUACCAGUUCACGGUACCUUCCAUCUUAGGCUGCCACAGAUAGAUCUUCCCAAGUUUUCCGGGGAUUUCUCGAAGUGGCUAUCCUUUCGGGACACCUACGCAUCGAUGGUGCACUCGAAUGCAGACAUUCCCACCGUUGCGAAACUGCAAUACCUGAUCCAGUCCCUCGAAGGCGAGGCACGAAAGCCGUUCGAGAGCGUAGACAUCGAGGCCGACAACUACGCUGCCGUGUGGGACGCUCUACUAAAAAGGUAUGAUAACCGACGUUUUCUCAAAAAGCAGCUUUUCCGUAGUAUUUACGACCUCCCUGCGGUCAAAAAGGAGUCCGCCGACAGCCUCCAGGAGCUUGUAGACGAGUUUCAGCGGCAUGUGAAGGCUCUCGCAAAGCUGAACGAACCCGUUCAGCACUGGGACACUCCUCUAGUCAACCUAUUGUCCUACAAGCUUGAUCCAUCAACCCUCCGAGCUUGGGAGGAAAAGACCAGCCAAGAAGAAGACGUCAAAUACAACGAUCUUGUCGAGUUCCUGUAUCAGCGAGUACGGAUCCUGAAGUCCGUGGCAUCCGACAUCUCCCAGCGUUCCCAGCCGGUUCUAGCAAAGGUGGCCGGCAUUGUUCCCCUUCCGAAAAGGCAGUUUCCAUCCAAAUUUGCAGCCAACGUGGUUGCUUCCGAUGCCAAGCCGAAUGCACCAUCCUGCUUCACCUGUUCCGACCGGCAUUUUCUGUUCCAGUGCCAAUCGUUCGCCAAGAUGCCCGUCAGCCAGAGGAGAGAUCUGGUUUCCCAGCGCAAGCUAUGCUGGAACUGUUUCCGAACCGGUCACCAAGCCAGAAGUUGCACCUCGAAGUUCUCCUGCCGUUCCUGUCGCGAUCGGCACCAAACGUUGCUCCACGAUCCAUCCCAGCCUGGUAAAAGUUCGUCCGCCCCAGCUGUGACGUCGAAAUCCCAUGAAGCGCUGUCUGUUCCAUCCACUUCGGCCCCAGGACCGGCUUCCACCUCCCAACAAGUAAGCAUGUCGGUUCAAUCCCAGGCCAGUACCGUUCUCCUCCAGACAGUCGCUCUUCACGUCGUCGAUGUUCAUGGCAAAUCCUUUGAGGCCAGAGCUCUGUUGGAUUCCGGGUCGAUGUCGAAUUUCAUCUCGUCGGAGCUGGCUAAUCUGCUUGCUAUUCCCCAAUCCGAGGCCGAUGUGUCCGUUGCCGGAAUCGGCCAGUCCCAAUGUAAGUUAAAGCGAGCAGUGAGCGCCACCGUCCGUUCCCGAAUCGGAUCGUUUUCCACCCAGCUCCGAUUCCUAGUCAUCGACCACCCGACUACCAACUUGCCCACUAUCCACGUCAAGCUUUCGUCUUGGAAGCUUCCAAAGGUCGAGUUAGCCGAUCCGCAAUUCCAUGUUCCGAACAAAAUCGACCUCGUUAUCGGCGAUUCCACGGAUUCGGUAGCCUGUCAGCUGUCUAGCACUGAUGCCCUGCUAGAUUCCACUCUCCAACGUUUUUGGGAGAUCGAAACAAUUCCCAAACAAUCCGUUCACUCCUCGACCGAGAAGGCUUGUGAGGAGUUUUAUGCUGCAACCACGUCCAGAGAUCCAGCGGGACGAUACGUCGUCCGCCUUCCCAGAACAGACAAUCCGGAGAUCGUUUUGGGAGAUUCCGAAUCCAUUGCCGAUCGCCGAUUCCUCGGUUUAGAACGCCGCCUCGAACGAGACUCCAAUGUAAAAUCCGUCUAUCACCAGUUCAUGGAGGAAUACGAGCACCUUGGGCAUAUGAAGCGGCUCGACGAACCGGUAGACAGCACUAUUCCGCACUGCUACCUUCCGCACCACCCCGUCUUCAAAUUGUCGAGCACCACCACGAAGACGAGGGUAGUAUUUGACGCCUCAUGUAAAACGACAUCGGGCCACUCCCUCAACGACACCCUCCUCGUCGGUCCGGUCGUACAAGAUGAUCUGCUAGCUCUCGUUAUUCGGUUCUGCUUUCACCGCAUCGCCCUGAAUGGUGACAUCGAGAAAAUGUACCGGCAAGUUCGCCUCCACGACGACGACCAAUCCCUCCAGCGGAUCAAAUGGCGCAGUGAUGCGUCCCAGCCCAUAGCUUCGUACCAGCUGCAGACCGUUACUUACGGCACAGCUUCCGCCCCCUACCUCGCCACGAAAACUCUCCAAAAAUUGGCGAGUGAGACAGGAAAUCGUCGACUUGAUCGUUGA